CGGAAGAGACGGAAGCCGAAUUGGACCAGAAACGGUGUGAGAGCUAAACAUGGCGUCUGCAGAGGAGAGUGUCCAAACAGCAGAUGCUGCAGCUCCGGCGCCCAAACUGUCAGAAUUAUUAGAUUCAGGAUGGAAAUUAUAUGAAGAGUUAGACAAGAGCAACGAGCCGACAAACUCCGACUCUGUACAGAUUAAAAUCAAACGCGGAAUUAAACAGCUGGAGGAAGCGACGAAGAUGGUGUCACAGCUCAACCUGUUCAGCCGUAACGAGGAGCUGGACGAGAUCUCCACGGCGGAUCUGAAGUUUCUGUUGUUACCUCUUGCAUGGCUGGCUGCGCUGGUGAUGAAGCAGGUGGGCGUGGCUCAGCGCUUGGAGCGUGUGCAGAUUGCGCGUGUUCACUUCCUGAGCUUCCUCAGAUGCUGUAAAGAUUACAACAUCAGCUCGUUCCACAUGCCACGAGACGCCCAGGACGCGGAGGCUUCCUCAGGGGCAGAGACUGAUACACCGAGACCCGCUCACCACGCCCAGCCUGACCUCAUCACCAUGGCAACACAGAGACAGGCCAAGAUUGAGAGGUAUAACCAGCAGAAGCAGGUGGAGCAGAAGCUGGCUGAGCUCAGAGUGCAGGUGGAUGGAGGUUCGGUGGAUGAGGAGGUGACGAGAGAGUUCUACCUGUUGCAGGUGCGCAGGUGGAUCACGCUCGCUCUGGAGGAAAUCGAGUCCAUCGACCAGGAAGUCCAGAUCCUCAGGAGGAUGCCUGCUGUCAAUCAGGCUCCAACUCAGAAACCGAGACGGGCACCGAUGAAGCCCUUCAUCCUCACUAAAGACGCAGCACAGGCCAAGGUGUUUGGUGCAGGAUAUCCCAGUCUUGCCACCAUGACAGUAGACGACUGGUAUGAACAACACAAAAGGAGAGGAUGUUUACCUGACCAGGGCAUCCCUCAGAGCACAGUGGAUGUGGAUGCACAGGAGCGAGAGAAAGAAGAAAAGGAGAGGAAAGAGGAAGAGGAUGAUGAAGAGGCUUCAAAGGCUAGAGAUUGGGACAACUGGAAAGACACACACCGUCGAGGAUACGGCAACCGCCAGAACAUGGGCUAGAAGUACACACACACACACACACAGUAGAGACACUUUCUCAACGUGACUUACACACACACACCUGACGCUAAAAUAAACAUUUUCAUUUGAUUCCUCUCUGUGUGUGUGUGUGUGUGUGUGUGUGUGUGUGUGUUGUUGAAAGAAACUGUUUAAGUUCCUCUACACUUGUUUAAACCGACAUGAAUAAUUAAGUAGGAUAAUCACAUUUCCUGAGGAAUGUCUGGAGAACAUCUGGACUCCUUCAGCUCCACCCCCUCAUUAAUAUAACAAAACUACGCUACUCCAUGAAUCUAUGAGUAUGCAAAUGAGAGACUGAUGCGCUGCGGAGGAGGAGGAGGAGAGACACUCGGUGUGAUGUGGAAAUGUUGUGUAAUGAAUAAGUAAAUGUGUGAAAUGAAUAAAGAAAUUGUUUUGAUUUAAA